AUGGCAGCAUCACUUCCAAAUGUGAGGCUGUUCCCCUUCCAUGCUGUGAGCGCGUCGCUGCCGGAUCUGCGGCAGGGCUCCUGGAAUGACCUCAUAGCGGCGCCUGCAUCGGGGGACAAGGGAAGUUCUGGGCCAGACCGCACAGCGGGCCUUAUCCUGUCAGAGCCACACUUCCUCCUGGUGGAGGACCUGCUGGCGCGGUUGCGGGGGGCACUGCCGGAGGCGCCGCUGCUGGGAGGGGUCGUCGCGCCGAGCGCGUGGGGGCCCGGGCAGAGCUUGCGGGGGGCCCUCUUUUUGAAUUCAGACGCGCACGAUGAGGGUGCUGUGGGCUGCCUCAUGCGCGGGCCGCUGCGCUUCGACCAGCUCUGCUGGCAGGGCUGUCGGCCUGUGGGGCGCGUAGUGCGGGUGACUGGAGUGGAAGGCAACGCCAUCACGCACCUGGACGACCUGCCCGCCCUCCUAGUGAUGCAGCGGCUAUUCACUGAGAUGGACGAUUCGGAGCGGCUGCUGCCGCUGCAGAUCGGCCUGGACCCCACAGGCACCGGCAGCGCUUUCGUGGCCAGGAACCUGCUGGGGUUUGACACGCCGCGGCUGGCAGUGCAAGUGGCGGUGGCGGGUGUGGAGGAGGGAACGCUGCUGCAGCUGCACCUGCGCGACUCCAUGUGGGCACAGCAGGGCCUGCGCGACCUCGUCCAGGAUUAUGCGGAGUGCCUGCCGGCGGAUGUGAGGGAGAGGCCGGAGCGGCUGGGUGCCUGGCUGUACUCCUGCGCUGACGUGGCACAUCUGGAGGAGGCCUCACUCCAGGCCAUCAUGCCCUCCACCCUCCUACAGGAGCGGGUGUGUUAG